GUAAAUGAGUAACAGCUUUAUAGCCGAGAUCAUUUUCUGAUUCAAAAAGAGAAAAAUGAAGAAUAAUAUCAUGAAGAGUUUUAAAAGGCUUUCCACGUGAGUGAGAUCGCGAAACAGGAGAAAGAAAGGCCUUUUUUCUUUUUAUGUCUAUGCAAUUUUCGGUAUUCACGGAGAGUUCUUAUCUUUUAUCUGGCAACACGAAGCCCAUUCGAACAUUGGAAAUCGUAUUGUAGUUCUUGUAGUUUACGGAAAUAAGUAAAUGUCUGAAUUGUUGCUUGAUCCUGAUAUCCGAUUAUGGGUAUUUCUUCCUAUAGUUAUAAUCACAUUUCUCUUUGGAAUUGUUCGUCAUUACAUAUCUAUUCUCCUAACAUCUCCUAAAAAAGUUGAGUUGACACAAGUUCAGGACAGUCAAGCUAUUAUUCGUAGCCGAUUAUUAAGAGAAAAUGGCAAAUACAUUCCUAGACAGGCAUUUUUGUUACGGAAGCAUUACUUUAAUAAUGAAGAUGUUGGCUAUUUCAAAACCCAAAAGCGUAAUCCUCCAGCUCAGAAUCCUAUGACCGAUCCAAGUGUUAUGACAGACAUGGUAAAAGGCAAUUUUACUAAUGUCCUUCCUAUGAUUGUGAUCGGUGGAUGGAUUAAUUGGACAUUUUCAGGCUUUGUCACCACUAAAGUACCUUUCCCAUUGACUUUGAGGUUCAAACCUAUGUUGCAGAGAGGAAUUGAGUUACUGUCUCUGGAUGCAUCAUGGGUAAGCUCAGCUUCAUGGUAUUUUCUAAAUGUUUUUGGUUUGAGAAGCAUUUAUGCCCUAGUUUUGGGAGAAAAUAAUGCUGCUGAUCAAACAAGAGCCAUGCAAGAUCAAAUGUCUGGACCAGCUAUGGCAAUGCCCCCAGAUCCAAAGCAGGCGUUUAAGGCUGAAUGGGAAGCUUUGGAAAUAUGUGAGCAUCACUGGGCACUGAAAAAUGCUGAACUUGAAUUAGUUGGUGUUUCACAGUCAUAGAAAUCAUCUUUUGAUCAGACAUAUUCUGUAAGAACUGUUUUCAUUUGUUAUAGAUAUCUGCAUCAUUUGACAUUUGUUAAACUAUUGUUUUCUGAAUUUUGUAACACAUUAUUUUGUCAGUUCUUUUGUGACUAAAUUAUUAUUAAAUAUAUUGAAGGGGUU